CGGGAACGACGCCCCACAGCAGGAUCUGUAGUUCAACCGCCAGCGUGUCGACGUAUUGAGAUUUUAAUCAUAUUUUACACUUUAUAAUGGUCUGUCUUGUCAUAGUUGGUUUUCUCUGAGAAAAGUUGCAUCUGUACUAAAACAAGACAAUGGCCAAAAGAAAAUCGAAAACAGCAGCAGAGUUCAGACCCCCGAAGAGGACGCAGCCCCGAGCAAAACGACCGAAACACACUGAAGAAACAAACCAGUCUGAAGAUGAAAAUCAGACUCUGACACCGGAGUCAGAAGACAACAAUUCCCACAAUGCAUUGUGCUCAGAGAAGCUGGAUGAACAUCAGCCUGGACAGAGCACUCAGACGACAGAUCCCUGUUGUUCCUCGGAAGAGAAAACCAGCCACGAUGAUAACGAUGAGCUUGGAAAUGGCACAAAUCCACCCGAGGUCUCUCGUGAGGCUGAACAGACUGCAGCGAUCACACUACAAACCCCAGAACUGGACAAAAGCGACAAGCACACUCCCUCUAGACCUUUGAAUACCGAAGCUGUUGAUCUACAUCAGCCCAGUAUAGAGCUAGAUGAUGCAGAGCGUGAGAUCACGAGAAAUUCAAAUCAUCAGAAGGUCCCGGAUGAUCAGACCGAGAGAGAGUUGUCACAUGAGGAGUAUACAGCCACUGAACUCACGAUGGGUGAGCAGUUAGGGUCUUCAGACAUCGUAGCGGAGACCUCAUAUGACCAGAUUCAGACGUCUGAAGAUGCAGGUUCUGCAGAUCCUCUAGUAAAGAGAAAAAUAAGAAAGAGGAUGGGAAUGUGCAGGCUUGGAGACAGGAAGAGGAUGCUCAAGGGACAGCCGACUGGAGGGAAUGUGUUUGAAGGAAGCCGGGAGAACGAGGCGGGGCAAAUCACUAACGAAGAGCCGGUCAUGACGAGUGACGGUGUUGAAGAAGAGGAUUCAGUGUCCUCCUUCACAACCGCUUGCUCAGUGGAGGAUACACCUGUACAGGAGGAACCGGAGCAGCCUGGGAAUGAAGUUCAGAUACUGGUCAAAUGUAUGUCAAGGGAGUUUGUUACUCAUGAAACUGAUAAUGCAAUCCCAUCCCGUGCUGAUGCUGAUGAUCUUAACCCUCCUGAGCAAAAUGAAACCGAAUGCAUGGAGCAAAAUGCGACUGAAAGCAACAUUAGAGAAGAUAGCAGUGAGGUCACAACUGAGAUUGGUACUGUGGAUUUAGCUGAUGUUCACAAGGACUCAACUGAUGUUUCAGCUCAAGAAGAGGUUGUGAUAGCCGGUUCACUUGAAGCUCCCAAAGAGGCCAAUGAAGCUAACCAGUUUGGAGAAGAACUCGUCGUGGGAGGUGAUGAGAUUAAGCAGUGCAGUCCGUGUGAAUGUGACAUGAACGCCUCUUCUAGUGACCACACCAGUGAACAGUGUGCGGAGCUCGUGGAUAUCGCAGCCGAUGAGACCGUCAGUGCACCUCCUGUAAUCCACGAGACAGAAGAUAAGUGUGAGUCUUCAGACUUCACAGCCGAGAACAAGGCAGACUGGGAGAACAACAGCGUGUGGAGCUUGUCCUUACCUGCAGCUCCAUCAGGUGGUGAUAAUGAAGAUGUGCAAUUGUUUACAGAGUGUGUAAGUUUACCGAGUGAUGCUCAAGAGCCUCAUCGGAGUCCUGCCGCUGAACCGGAUCCCUCCAGCCCUUUAUCCAUGCACUCGGUGACAGAUUCCCAGCUCAACAACAUCCCUCUGAGUUUGGAGGAUCUCCCCAUCUCAGAAGCCUCCUGUGAUCUGGAGGAUGCCACAGAGCUUGUAUGUGACCUAAUCAGAGAUAUUGCCUUUCUGAAUCAGUUAUUGAUGGACACACGCAGGAAGAUUGGAUUUGGGCAACAAGGCAGAAAACCUCCGCUCCAAACUCAGAAAAAUAGGCAUAAUAACAAUAGAUUCUGAAUGUAUUUUACUGCAUGAUAUAAUAGACAGAAA